AUGGCAGAGAAGAAGCAAAGUGAGGAAAAGGACACGCCCCAAUCACUCACUGAUUUAGACAAUGAUGCUGAUUUGUUUAAGGAUACUACUGAAGAAGAUCCUGACUGUAAACAACAACGAUGUGAUGAGCCAGUACAGGAAGGUGUUGAGAAAUGUAGUGGUCCAACAGCUAAUCACUUGAAUCAUGGUAAAGAAAUAUUGGAGAUGGGAAAGGCUGUGCAAGAAAUGAAAGUGGAGUUUAAGAAACAAAUGGAAGAUUUGAAUGCAAAGAUUUUAGAGCUCCGUCAUCAUGUGAUGAAGAAAGAUAUUCAUGGUUCAGAUCAAGAUGAUAUUGUGGAAGAAGUCGUUGAUGAAAAGGUGUUAUCGGCUCUCAAGCUUCGCAAAAAUAUUAAGGCAAAAACACAUCGAGUCAACUCGAAGAUAACAGAAUUGCCUAGUUUAUUGAAAUUGUUUUACACGAGCACUAGACACGAACUCAAAGAUGGACUCAGUAUUAAAAUACCAUUACAUGGUGAUGUCUUUGGUGAUGAGGAAACCCAAUUCGAAUACAUUUUCUUUAACCAAAUCAAAGAACUAUGUGAAUUGGAACCUAUCGGGGCAUCUUGCAUAUGUGCCUACGUAUUGUGCUUAUAUAAGGAAUGUAAGAAGGCAAACCUUCUUCAUAGAUUUCGAUUUGUUAAUCCACAUAAAGUAUCACAAGAUCCGAGUAUUGAUCAAAGCCAAAAGUCGAUAACUGUAGGUCAAAGGUUGAUUGGUACAUUGGAUAAGCAACUUGUUUUGAUGCCAUGCAACGUCGGGUACGUGAAAAUGAUUGAUUUCUAG